AUGACGACCGCGCGGCAGUGGUGGCGGCGCGCCGCGGCGGCCGUCAAGGACAGGAGGAGCCUGUACCUGACGUGCGUGGCGGCGCUGCGGCCACGGCCAGCCUCCGGGGUGGCCGCGGCGCUGAGGAGCCCCGAGCUGGAGGCGGCCGUGAUCCGCGCGACCAGCCACGACGAGCGGUCCGUAGACUACGGGAGCGCGGCGCGUGUCCUGGCGCUGGCGCGCGCGUCGCCGCCGGCGCUGCAGCCGCUCAUGUGGGAGCUGGCGCGCCGCGCCGGGCGGACCCGGUGCUGGGCCGUUGCGCUCAAGGCGCUCAUGCUCGCGCACGGCCUGCUCCUGCGGUCCGACGCCGCGCCACGCGCGGCGCGCCUGGGCCGCGUCCCCUUCGACCUCGCCGACUUCCGCGACCGCUCGUCGCCGCCGUCCAAGUCGUCGGGCUUCUCCGCCUUCGUGCGCGCCUACUUCCGCUUCCUCGACACCCGCUCCCUCUUCGCCGCGCAGGAGCUAGACGACGACGCCGGUUCCGGUAGCGGCGGCGGCGAGGCGGCCGACGACGGCGAGGACGCGCGGCUGGACCGCGUGUCCAAGCAGCAGCACCUGCUGGACCUGCUCAUGCAAAUCCGGCCGUACGGGGACGGCAUGGAGCGGGGCCUCAUCCUGGAGGCCAUGGACUGCGUCGUCAUCGAGAUCUUCGAGGUCUACAGCCAGAUAUGCACGGGCAUUGCCCGCUUCCUCGUCGCCGUCCUCGGCUCGGCCCCGACGACGCCGCGGCCAAGGCCGGGAGAGACGCUGGCGGCAGCGAGGCGGCGGAGGGGAGUGCAGGGGAUGCGGGUGCUGAGGAAAGCCGCGGAGCAAAGCGCGCAGCUGUCGUCCUACUUCGACCUGUGCCGGGGCCUGGGCGUGCUCAACGCCGCCGAGUUUCCGGCCGUGGAGCGCGUCCCGGAAGAUGACAUCAGAGACCUCGAGAAGAUCAUCAUGAACCACGUCGUCGAAGAAAGCGGCAAGGAGGAGAAAGAAACGAAGGCGCUGGUGGACGCCGUGGAGGAAACCCGACCGGCGUCGAAGACAGUGGUGACAAAAGAGUGGGUGGUGUUCGACGACGACGACAAUGCCGCCGCCGGCGCCGGCGCCAGGCCGGGGCAUUUCGGUGGUUACGUGAAUCCGUUCGUGGGCGCGCCGUGGGACGCCAUAGCGGGUAGCAGAGACUUGUUAGUUUAG